AUGGCAGCGGUGGUGCUGCCCGGGAGGCUUCCCUUCUCUCCCUGCUGCUGUGCCGCGCUCUAAACCGAUUUGAGGAAGCUGACAGCAGCGGCGUAACGGGGAGGCAGGAAAAGCAGCUCUUUCUGCAGGAAACCAGCACCGCGGGGCGUUUCGCGCCUCCCCUGCUGCUGGGAUUUCCAGCCGCAGAUGAACAGGGCUGGCAGGAUCCUUUUAGCAGCAACUUGGCUAGCAAAAACAGCUCGCGUCCCCUCUCUGUAGUGUUAAACCAGAAUCCCGUUGCCGCGGAGCAGGCUUCAUUGUGUAUAAACUGGGAGGUGCCCCGGGAUCGGCCUCGACCGGCACGGGCCAGCUCGCAGUGCCUGGGGCACACCUCCAGAGCCUUCGCGUCGUCUGGUUUGUUCAGCAGUUUGUGGUCGCUUUUCCUGACCCUCCGUCCCAGCUGCUUCGAUAAUCUGCUCGAUGCUGUACUGUUGCAACACCCAGGAAAAGAAUUCCUUCUGCUCCGUGAAGGCUUCAGCAGCGUUGGACGCUUCGACCGCGAUGACUAAGGGAUAGGCACGCGGAUCUGCGGCCUGGAAGCAGUCGUGUCCUUAGCGAACGCUCUGACUUCGGUCUGGGCAAUCUCUUAGCUGUCGUGGUUCUCUUAAUCUUGCACGUGCAAGGUAUUCGUUUCCUUCGGGCUGGGAUUAGGUCCUUUGUGGCCUCCUGGAUCUGCGUGAGCGUGGAGCCGGAGAACUACUGCGCAGUGCUUCUUUCCUGGCUUCUUAGCUGGUCAGUUGGUAAUUCAGUCUGUCCUGGUGAGCUGUAGUAGCCUCGGAAAAGAAGAACGCUGGCUGUGGAGCAGCUCUAGGCCUGGCCAUGGGCUGGUUUUGCUGUCGUCAGUUCUCACAAAGCAAAGCCUUCGCGCGGGGCAGCCGAAGGUGCUCAGCAUCUUCCGAAGCGGGGCCUGAUCCUGGGCGAGGAGCACGCCUCGUCUGACGCCCCUUGGCUCUGGGCUCGUGCCGUGUCUCAGCUCUCAGGCUGCCGUUUAAGAUCCUCCCCCCCCCUGCUUGCAGCUUAUUUUAGCAUCUUCUUUCUGUUCUCCCAGUUACGCCACGGCAGACGCGUGAAGAGAGACGGUGUCACAUCCGAGCCCUGCAAAGUUUUCCAGGGCUUUCUCUUGUUAAAGCUCUACCAGCUCCUGGCGCAGCUCAGCGCAAAAGGAGGUGACAAGCGAUGGAGUGGGAAUGGGGCUGUCUAAGGCAGGUAUUGCAGUGAGACGCUUCUUAACGUGCCGGCGCGGCUUCUGGCCGCCACCAGUGACUGUGGAGUUAUGGCGAGAGCAGAUGCUUGACGUGCCUCCCAAAUAAAAGGGCUGCAAUAAAUGGAACGUGACCUGGGAAGGCGUUCUGUGCGGAAGUCCCUAAUUCUGGGACGUUUGGCACCUGCACGCUACAGAAGAACGGUUGGGGGCGAACUUUGAAGCCACUACUUCUAAAAGAACCGCGCGGGCUGACACAGAAACCUUUGUUCCUUUUUGCUAAGGUGGGCUACUGCAGCGAGUGGUUUUUCUUCCCCUUCUGUGCCGCCUCCAGGUCAAGUCUCAGCUUUUACCGUCAGCAGCGCUGUGAAACGAGCCUGGUCUUGGUGACACCACGGACUGAGAAGUGACCGAAAAACGGAGCAGCGUUCGGAUCCCUGCAGUGCCACGCUUCUGGCCUUGUUCCAGCCACGAGCAGGCUCUAGGAAAGCUGGGCAGCCCCGUGCUAGCGUGCUCGUGGUUUGCUUUUUGUCAGCGAAGUGAUAACGAAGCGCUCUGCAGAUAUCAAAGGAGCUUGCAUCAAUGGUAUGCUUGGUGAAAAGGGCACGGCUGGCUUUGAUGUGUGUUUCACAGCGCUCCUUUAUUCCUCGGUAAGAGAGGGCGAGGAGUUGAGAACUUGCAAGAGAUCGCUGGAAGUUGUGAUUACUGGCAGAGGAGCUCGAGGGCUGCCUGUCCCUCUCGUCCACCUUAAUGACAUUCCGGCCUGGAGCGCUGCUUCUGAAGUCGCUUACGAGGCUGGCGUGGCUGCAGAAACAGGCCCUGCUGUUCCGGGAGGUGUUUUCUGAGCGGCGCGCCUGUGGGCUGCCUUGCGCCUGCAGGGAGGCGAGCGAUCAGUUCUGCUUUGCUGGCUGCAGAGCACCGGUUCUGGUGUUGGUUGUCUCACGAUUUGCUGUAAGGAAAAGCCCUUCCUAUGCUCCCAGGAGGAGUUUUGGUGAGACUCCUGCAGCUCCGGGCAGCACCAGAGCUGCUGCUGGGACCCGGUGGUCCUCCGGUCGCUGCCUGAGCAUCCCUGUCUGCAGGGGGACAGGGACAAGGCCUUUGGGCUGCCACCAACGCUUCCAUUGCGGUGUUCCCAUUCAAGGGAAACCGUGCCGCAGGCACACGUCUGCACCUCUGGCUUUAUUCUUUCGCAAGCUGUGAUGCGGCGGAGGUCGCACAGCAAAAGGGCUUUUUGUGCACAGCGUUCCUUAUCGGGGGAUUUCUAAUUUUCGGUGGGGAUGAGGCUGCUUAACGUGAUCAACCACUCGAGCUCCCCCUGCUUUCCUACGUGACUGUGAGGAGGAGCAGCCCCCAGCGAACUGUGAGCCCUUCGAAAUGUUUCGCUGCGACGCUUGACAGGAGGUUGGGCUGCUUCGUUUCGCUUCUGCUUGAAACGAGGCAGAAAUUCACCUUGCUCGUAGGCUACCAGGAGACACGUGUGCUGCCUGCAGGCAGAAGGUGGGAACUGAGGCUCUGCUGUCAACGUAGUUCCUCGUUCUAGCCUGACUGCCAUGCCUGGGCCUUGACACUUCUGGGAGCUGCUGUUUAAAAUGGCAGAGAGAGGCGGAAAUGAAGAAGUAAUUCACUUAAACAGCUUCCGUAGUCACAGAGGGAAAGACUGGAUAAACCGCAGGGAUGACGGUCUUAUCACGAUAUCUGAUUCCUCGGAUGAAGAAUUGCCUUUGCUGUUGGAAACGCCAGCAGAACAGCAGCAUGAGGAAGAUGAUGAUGAUGUGGUUAUCUUGGCAGAGACCCCAAAGCAUCAGCAGCUUGUGCGUCCCAAUGUCAUCAGACCUGCCGCUCAAUGGCAGGGUGCAAACACUGUGGGAGAAGGAGGAUCCAGAAGUGAUGUAGGGCCCUUGAGGGGCACGUAUCUGCAAGAUGAGAUGUCAGCUCUGCUCUGCCAGAAAGACCCGUAUGAUUAUGUGGUGGAGAGCAGCGCUGGACCAAGCAGGGAUGAGAAUGUGAACUUUGCCUUGCAGCAGCCCGGGCCGUCUGAACAGAAUGGCCCCAGGUUUGAACUUACGAGUAACCUGGAGCCUGGCCCAAGUUUGCUUCCAGCAGUAAAGAUGAGUCCGCAGGUUGUUGUUGACAAGGAAAUCAUUAAUCUGGAGAAAGCAGACUUGCCACCACAAGAGGAGGAAAAGGUAGAAGCCCAGGGCAGGCAAGGAGAGGACUUGAAGCCAGAGCUCUCGCAAAACGUUGAAGGAACAGUUGCUGCACCCAGCAUGGAGCAGGAGCUCCGGGAGAACAGCCGGCUGGAUCACUUCCAGCCCUCAGAAGGGGAGCCACGUGCCGUCGUAAAUGGUUGUGCUCCUCCGCAAGGGCAGCCUGAAGCAGAAUCAGGAUCUUCGAGGGCGUCUGGAGAGGAGGCUCCUGGGCCGGCUUUCCCCAGACCUGAGCCGCAGCAGGAUGGGAUUCCCGGUCCCGCUUCGCCCCAGCCAGCACACCCACCAGAAGAGCCGAGGGGGCAGCAGGCAGCAAUAGACAACGAGCAGCCAGGCCCAGCGUUCCCGGCACAGGGCUCGCACGAACUCGGUUCUAGUGAUGUGCCAGAACAGGGGGCUGCUGGGCAGGACCAAGACCUCACUGCGCUGCUCAUCAGAGAGACAGAAGCAAGGUUCCCAGAUGUGAAGAAAGAAUAUAUUGAAGAGUUGAUCAAUGUCAAGAACUGCUAUGACUUAAAUGUACUUUGUAACUUUCUUCUGGAAAAUCCAGAUUACCCGAAGAAGGAAGGCAGAGUGGUUUUAAAUCCCAGCAGCAGCCUGCUUGCCAGCCAAGACGAGACAAAGGUGCCUAAAGUGGACUACUUUGACUUUUCCAAGCUUGCCCCACUUGAUCAGCGGUGCUUCAUUCAGGCAGCUGACCUCCUUAUGGCAGACUUCAAAAUGUUGAGCAGCCAAGACAUUAAGUGGGCACUACAUGAACUCAAGGGACACUAUGCAAUCACACGAAAGGCCUUUUCAGAUGCCAUCAAGAAAUGGCAGGAGCUGUCUCCGGAAACCAGUGGGAAACGAAAAAGAAGAAAAGAAAUGAAUCAGUAUUCAUAUAUAGAUUUCAAAUUUGAGCAAGGUGAUGUGAAAAUUGAGAAGCGGAUGUUCUUCCUGGAGAAUAAGAGACGACACUGGAGAACCUAUGACAAGCUCUCGCUUCUUCCACCAGUGCUGCUGGAGCAGGAAUUCUAUGAGCAAAAAGUUAAAGAGAUGGCAGAGCAUGCGGACUUCCUCCUUGCUCUGCAGAUGAAUGAGGAGCAGUAUCAGAAGGAUGGUCAGAUGAUAGAGUGCCGCUGCUGUUACGGGGAGUUUGCAUUUGAAGAGCUAACUCAGUGUGCAGAUGGUCACUUGUUCUGCAAGGAGUGCCUAAUUAAAUAUGCUCAGGAGGCAGUCUUUGGCUCUGGGAAGUCAGAGCUCAGCUGCAUGGAGGGCAGUUGCACGUGUUCAUUCCCCACCAGCGAGCUGGAGAAGGUGCUUCCGGAGAACAUCCUCUGCAAAUACUAUGAGAGGAAAGCGGAGGAGGAGGUGGCUGCUGCCUGUGCAGAUGAGCUUGUCAGGUGUCCGUUCUGUAACUUCCCAGCUCUACUGGACAACGAUGUGAAGCGGUUCAGCUGUCCUAAUCCCCGCUGCAGAAAGGAAACAUGUCGGAAGUGCCAGGGGCUGUGGAAGGAGCACAUGAACCUCACCUGCGAGCAGCUGGCUGAGAAGGAUGACAUCAAAUAUAGGACAUCCAUAGAAGAGAAAAUGACAGCUGCCCGCAUUAGAAAAUGCCACAAGUGUGGGACUGGCCUAAUUAAAUCGGAGGGUUGCAACCGCAUGUCCUGCCGCUGCGGCGCUCAGAUGUGCUACCUCUGCCGGGCUGCCAUUAACGGGUACGACCACUUCUGCCAGCACCCCCGCUCGCCCGGGGCUCCCUGCCAGGACUGUGCCAAGUGCUCUCUCUGGACAGAUCCCACAGAGGACGACGAGAAGAUAAUUCAGGAGAUUCAGAAAGAGGCUGAAGAGGAACAAAGGAAGAAGAACGGAGAGAACAGCUUCAAGCGGAUCGGCCCUCCCGUGGAAAAGCCCAUGGAGAAAAUCCAGAGAAUUGAAGUCAUCCCCAGACCUGUUCCUCAGAACCUCCAUCAACCCCGGAUGCCUCCGUACCCCUUCGUGCACCCCCCCUUCCCGCUCCCUCCCGUCCGUCCCAUGUACAAUAACAUCCCCCUCAACAUAGGCCCCAUCCCUGCCCCCUACGUGCCCCCACUGCCUAACAUGAGGGUGAACUACGAUUUUCCCCAGAUCAAUGUUCAGCUGGAGCACAACUUGCCUAUGCACUUUGGCCCUCAGCCUCGACACCGGUUCUGACCUGGUUCAAAUAGCAUUUGACGUAGAGUCACUGCAGGGCAAAGCCACCCUGGUAACGUCACCCCCUCCUGCUUCAGCCCCCUGGGUUAGCCAGCUGCAAGGGGAGCUGCUGUGACUCACACGUCCCUGCACUACACCCCUGGCCAUGGCUUCUCCGGACUUUUUGCAAUUAAACAUUUCAGCCUGUGCUGCAACAGGGCUCGGUGCUGCAUUUCCAAGGAUCUCUCCCUACGUUGAGAGUCCAGGUUUUUUUGUUUGUGUUGUUUGUUUGUUUGGCAAGGUCUGUUCAGACAGCUGUUGGGAGGGAAAGUGAGACUUGUGGAGCACAGGGAUGCAAGCGGUCCUCGGGAGCUUUCCAAAAAUCCAACCUUCCUGCUGGCCAGAGCAGCUGCAACAAGCCUGAGUCUUGGGGGAAGGAAGGAGAAACUUGGCACCUGAGUAAGACCUUCAGGAUCAAGGUAACAGAACUCGGCUGCCCUAGCCCAAGGCAGGGUUUCCCGUGUUCUCCAGCAUCCCUGUAAUCUGCUAACACCUCCCAGCAGAAAUAAAUUGUUCAAACCCAAGUAGACUUAGUAUUUAGCGUUUCUCGCUCUGCGAGAGGAGUGAGGAGGUGUGGCAGCCAUCUCGUUGCUCAGAUCUCGUAGGCAGCCCCAGAGUCAUGUUCUGUCUCAGGGCUUUACGAGAUAGCAGGAGACUCUGGUACCCUAAUCUUUGGGAACUGAGCUUCCCCCCUUCCAAGGGCUCAGGUGUUUUUCCCCAGAGGGAAGCUGCCUCUCAGCUUCCCAAACAUGGCCUUGGCUUUGCUGUUAUCCAGGCGCCCCAAAUGCCCGUCUGCUCCUGGCAGCAGGCAUCGUGCACCCGGGGGAAGCGCUCGGAGCCGAAGCCACAUCCCUCAUCUCAAAGACUGCUGGGGCAGAUACGUGGUUUGGUGCACAGGCAGUGGUGUGUGCUGUUGCACAGAACGAGGGCGUACCCGUGUAGGCCUGCAGGCAGGCGGCGGCGAGCCCGGAGCCCCCCUUAGCCAAAAUCCCUGCAAGCCCGCAGGCAGCAGCCUCGUGCUGUCGGGAGCUGGCUGCUUCUGAAACACUUAACUCCCGAAAACUUGUAUUGCAGUUUAAUUGGCUUCAGAAGUGCGUGUUAAAAGGCAAACAUGAGCAUCGCUGGGCUUAGGAGGCGAGGAUUUAGGGGAAGCAGAGCUGUGUGAGGAGCAGGGGUUGGAAUUGCUGCCUGAGCUUGUCAGUGGGGUGUGUGAGGAGCGUUGGUGCAAAGCCCUUUCCCCAGACCUUUGCUAUACUGUCUGGGACAGACCCCUAUAAAAAAUGUUUGGAGGGAGAAAGCCUCCUACCAGAAGUUCUGGGCUUGUUUUUGGUUUUGUUUUGUUUUUUACCAGGCCGGUUGCGCAGUUGUUCCUGAGUUUUGAUCCGUGCUGCAUCCUGCUCCUUCCUGCUGAGAGCCAGCUCAGUGCAGUUCCCUGCUGGUUUCCUCCCGCUGUGUUUUAGCAUCCAGGUGUCUUUUGGCUGUGUUUUUUUUUUUCAGGUAAAACUCCCUGCCUCUGCCUCUUGACUCCUGUCAAGCCUUCCCUUGCUUGCAGCUGUCCGUACCCGCUCCUGGCACAGCAUCUCCUCGGGCACACGGUGCUGUGCUGGCAGUGGGAAGCUCCCCGAGAGAGGCCUGGGACAGCAGCUCCAGGUGGCAGGAGAUGGCUUCCCCACCAGCUGGGGGGCUCUUGCCUCUGGGAGGGUUUCACAGCGGGCACUUCCCUGCCUUUUGGAGCUGAAUCGGCAAUUUCCCUGCUUUCAGGUGUUUCCUAUGGUUUGAAAUGCGUCCUACAAAGCGUGCGUGUUCCUCAGUGCCAUGUUCUCUCUAGCAUUAACAACCAAGUGGUAUUCACUUGCUUCUAUCUUUUUUUUUAAAUUUUUCUCUCUUAAUUUAUUUCUGGAGGUAGCCAUGGGGCUGUGGUGGCUUCCCCACUGUUGCUUAGCAGGAUUUUAGCCAGGUUUAAAUCCUGCCUUGCACCAAAUGCUUCCUGCAGCAGCCAGGAGCAGAGGUGCCGUGCUGGAUUUCUGGAGGGGUGGCGGGGCUCCGGCUGCCCUUAACAGCACCAUCAGGCGCCCAGGGAAUCGACCCCGUUCAGACAAAGCGCGGGUGGCUUCCCGUUGCAGAAAGGGAACCUUGUUUUUUCAGUAGCUGAGAUCUUGUUGGCUUGAGGGCUGGCUUAGGUGAGGCUUCCAGCGUCGGUGAAGCGCGUGCUGUUCCCUGGCAGGCUUGCAGCCAUCCUGCAGCAGAACAAGUGGGCCGGGCAGCAGAGGUGGGGGCAGCCGGGCGCCUUCCCUGCUGUCAUCUAUUCCCCCGGUUAGGGCUCAGCACUGACCCCCAGCACCCCUGGGAGCUGGGCACCCUGGGGACACCUCCCUGGGGACGUGGCAGCUCGUGGUGCUGCCCUGGAGCGAUGGUCAGGCUGCUGGCAGAGAGGCAGGGAGGAAGGGAAGGCCGGUCCCCCGCAGAACCACGAGCUGCUUUGUGCCCGAGAGGAGAAAUCGGUGCUGGGGAGGUGCCUGGUGGUGUGGGUGCUUCUCCCACCGAGAAAACACCCAGACCACUGAAAUUGCAUCCGCAGCCAAAACGUGCGGCUGCUCCUUCCCUCCAACCUGCGCGGCUUCCAGCAGUUGUGGUUUCUGAUAGCAUUUGGGGCUGUUGUUGGUUUUUACUUAAAAAACUUGUUGCACAACCCACAGAAAUCCCCACUCUGGGCCCUUCAGUUCUGCAUCCCGUUGCCCCCCCCCGGCCCUGCAGCCCUUGCCAUGCGCUGUUCUUCGGGGCGGCAGGGAGGUCGCUGUGCCCAGGUUGCUCCUCUCCAGGUACUUGUUAUGGUUAAUUGCAGUGUCCCGUUUUACUUGCCUUAAAGGUGGAGAGAGAAACUUAGUAUUUGCACUUAGCAAAACGUUAUAUUAAAAGAAAGAAACCCUGUAAAGAUGUGCAUGUUCUGCAACUUUGUAUAACAAUAGCUGAAAAUGAAUAGGUGGUUUAUUAAAAAAAAUAAAAUAUUUUUCUUUACCUUCCGGUAGUAAACCAUUCUAAUAUUCUGUGUGUAAAAAGUUUCCUGUAUUAUAUUGUAAUUUGAAUUUUUGUAAAUAAAUUUGUGCACUCUG